AUGAACACAAUCUCUGGUGUCUUCUUCAUCCUAAUUCUUGCCUUCUGGCCACAUCAAAUCUUGGCCCAAGAGGACCAGGACUUAGGAUUAAUCAUACCAAAUCAGAAAUCAUCAUUAGGGGAGGAGCUGAUCGCCCAAGUUUGUGAUCAUGCAAUCUACAAGGAUCUGUGCAUAAGUUCCCUACAAUCAGUCCCAGAAAGCAAGGAUGCAGACCUCUUUGAGCUUACCACAAUUGCACUAAAACUUGCUGCAACAAAUGCUACUGAAAUCAAAAAAUAUGUUCAGAAGUUGCUUAACAAGUCUCAUUCAGACCGCUAUACACACCAAUGCCUAGCUGAUUGUUCCGAAAACUAUGAAGAUGCGCUGGAUCGGAUUGAGGACUCAUUGAAAGCUCUGGAAUCCAAGGGAUACAAUGAUGUUAACACAUGGGUGACCGCUGCCAUGGCGGAUGCCGAGUCAUGUGAGGAGGGGUUCCUUGAUCGUCCAGGCCAUAAGUCUCCAUUGACUGGUAGAAGCACAAUAUUUAACCAGCUAUGCAGUAUUGCUUUAACCAUUACCAACUUCUUAUCUGGUAGUGUUUGA